AGUGAUGAACUAGCACAAGAAGAAGAACGCCAUGGUGAAGGCACCGAAGUCAGCGCACGUCGUCAAGGGUGUUCCUGCUCAAGCUGCGGUGGCUGCCGGAGACGACGACGAAAGGGAGCUGCCUCUCGGAGGAGAACUACUUCACCCUCCUCAACCAUUGCAAGAGAUGGGGGACUCACAAGACAAGGAGAUACAAGAAGGCGUGCAAGCUUUGCUGAAUAAUCAUGGGGGAGAUAUAGAAGGAGGAGGAGUCGACCCAUCAAACAUGCUGCCUGAUGAGAAUGGAUCAGCGAGUAGCACUGCAAGGAAAGAGGGCAAGCGCCUGACGCAUCACUACCUGAAAUUUGCAUUGCUCCUCGUCACAAUCUCUACAGUCCCCCUGAUUGACAUUCUAUUUCUUCGUGGAGAUGCACUCAAACUUCCACUCGGACUGAAAUUCGCCUCCUCCUUUGCAUUCACAGCCUUUGUCACCGCAAUUUCCCUCAUGUUCCACACCCUGAAGUUGAUGACAAUCAAGCCAGAGCACAUCAUCAGCGCCAUCAACCAGCUGAAACUUUCCAUAGUCCUCUUGGCUACCUCCAUAUCCUCCCUUAUUUUGUCAUUUAUUUCCAUCACUUGUUCUCUGCUUCCUAAGGCUUAUUACUUCCUGCCCAUUUCAUUGGUCCCUUCCAUCCUUGUUGGUGUCUUUCACUUCAUAUAUAAUGGCAAAUUCGAUGUGAGAGAUGUAAGGCCUGAAGAGAGUAAAGCUCUGAAGAAAGCACUAAAGAGUGCAAAUCAGCUCACCUUAUCUUUGGUGACCACAUCAUUCUCUGGUUUUAUUGGAGAUCUCCUUGGAAUCUAUCACAAGACAGAGAAAUUGGGUGGUCAGUAUUCAUACGCCAAGGUGUCGAUCUUCUUCAUGCUUGGUUCCGGUCUGGCCGGAAUCUUGGCGCUGCUCCUUUGCAGGCUGCUGUCCAACAGUGAAGUUCACCGGCGCCGCCGCCAGUCGCCGUCGGGGAUAUGGUGGCAGAAGACUGUACUAGCCAUCGCGAACGUCGUCAUGCUCGCGAUGCUGGUGCCGGCGCUGCUGCUGAUCGCCGCGACAAUCCUUCACGGGCUCCUGUUGCCGGCCGUCGUCUUCCCAGUGGUCGCCGGAGCCGCCGCGUGGGCGUUCAUCGAGUUCUGCACCGCGGCGGUAGGCGAGGAGGAGGAGGAGGACGGGAAGUCCGAGCUGGGGACGAUGUACGCCAUCGCCGUGGCGGUGGCGUCGGUGUCGUUCGGGGCCGUGCUUGCCGUGUUCGGCGGGCUGCUCGGCGGCGCGGUGGGCAAGGCGCAGCUGAAGGUGUGCACGUUCUUCCUGACGUCGGCGUUCGUCGGCGCGGUGAGCCUGGGGGUGGUGGCCUCCGUGGCGCCGGCGAGGAAGGCGAGCGUGGCGGUCGCGGCGGCGGUGCUGUCGUGCUGCGGCUUGGGCACCCUCGUUCUCGCCGCGCUCGCUCUCUUCUAUCAAAUCGGCGCAUGAUGGAGUACGCGUACGUGAUCCGCGCCAUGGCAGCAGUUCACCAGUGCGCGCAUGUCGAACACUUAGUCUCGGCUAGUAAGUGGAGGGGACGAGUCACGACGACGACGGCGCUCUGUGAUCUGAAGGAGGCAUGCGAUGCAUUUCAAGAUAUCAAAUCGAUACAAAAGGGGGGAAAAGAAACCUAAAUUGAACCCAAGAAAGAAGGGGUUAGUACUGUGAUGGCAGGAAUAUAAUGUUAAUGUACUCUCUCACGGUCAUCAACUGUGAUGCUUGUAAAUAAAUAAUCGAGACAUGUUCAUUCGGAAGUUAUUAAUUAAUGUUGUAGAAACUAAUUUGGUGGAUUAGGGAGGAGAAUGUCUAUAUGUUAGGGCACCU